GCCCGAGCGCCAUGGCCUUCCUGUGGCUGGCCUUGUGUCUCACGCCCGCGUGCUGUCUGCUGCACAGGGACGAAGAUCCCGAGCCACCGAUUAAGAACCUGCGAAUGCAGCCGGAGACGAGAAGGUUGACCUGGGACCUCAGCGGAAACGUGUCUGAGAUCGGCUGUUUCAUCAACUCGAGGCUGAUCACUAAGGCCGUGGACAAGCGUUACUGCCAGUUCCGCGUACUUCCCUCGUGUCAGGUGACGAAUUUCACGGUCGCAUCCACCGGAGACCCGCCGUUCUCCGCGGGGAUCCUGUACCCCAGGCCAGGGGCCCCGGCGCCCGGUCGACACAGCCUGCCGCGCCUGCGGCCGCGCCUACUUGAGGUCCUGCCAGUACAGGCGAUACUGGACGUCACCGGGGGCCGCGCGGCCCGCCUCCCAGCUGCACGUCAGGAAGUCCACGUCGUGCACCGAGCAGCCCAGACGCUGCGCGGCCGCCUCAGGCUAGAGAGAUUAAGUCUGCCCAACAUCACCGGAAUGUGUAAUAAAUCCUAUUCAAUCAUGGAGUGGAAAAUGUCAAGCCACUUUAAUCACAGAUUUACAUAUGAACUUGAAAUACAAAAGGGCUCAGAUCCCGCCUACACCGAGAAGGCCGCCUCUUCAGGGGCCUGUUGGCGCACGCCUCCCGCCAGGGUCCGUGCGUCCCUGACCCGGGGCGGCGCCCCCCGCGUUGAGCGCCCGCCAGGGAGUCGACUGGGGUCCUUUCAAGAAGAGAAGUUGAGGGCACAGACACGCGCAGAGGGACGGCCAGAGUGCGACCUCGGGAAGGACACGCACUUCCGAGACUGGCUGACCUCCGCUCUGAUCCCGCUGGGCGCGCUGCUGGCCCUGGGGCUGGGGGUCGCGCUGUGCCGCAGGUACUCGGUGCUGCAGAAGCUCUUCCCCCCGAUCCCGCACCUGAAGGACCCCAUCAGUGACAACCUGCACAGCAGCAAGUUGGUGGCCUGGGAGGCCAGCAGAGCAAGCCGGGAGGACUGCCAGGUGGCGGAGGUGCAGGUUCUGGGAGAAACGUGACGCUGGGGCGCAGACCUCGUCUUCGACGCGGCGGGGGCCUGGACGGCCUGCUUGGUGUUGGACCGGGGGACCGGGGGGCCAGGGCACGACCACCCGGCGCAACUUCACGGAGCUGCCACCAGGAGGGAAG